CAGUUAAUAAAGUUUUGACCGGAAAAAAAAAAAUGGAGGCUGAGUGACAAGGACUGUGGAAAGCUAACAAUAGCAGUUUCUCAAGAAAGGUCUUUCUGGAGCUGUCUCGCGACUUCCUAAUGUAAGAAAGAAAAGGGUUUGACCUCCUGAAUAUCGCUCUGGGAAGCUUCCUAAAAAGGGCAGUGGAUUUUCUCACAGUCCUUAUCACAAGCUUUACACCCCUUUGAGGUCUGAAGAUGGAGGAGGACCAUGUUCACUGUAUGUCCUGUGUCAAUCAGAGAUGCAUGGUCAGACCUCAACCAGGCAUUUCUUGUGAUCUUAUCGCCUGUCCUCUGGUGUGUGGGGCUGUUUUUCACUCCUGCAAAGUUGAUGAGCACCACCUCAUGUGCGCACUGGUGAGGGUUCCCUGUCUAAACAGUGGCUAUGGCUGCCCUGUCGCCCUGGUUCGCAACCAAAUGUAUGCACACCUUGAAGUGUGUCCAGCCGGAGUGGUGUGCUGCACUAUGGAGUGGAACAGAUGGCCCGUUAGCUGCCUGGACUAUACUUCUUAUGAGAGCCUGAGCCGUGGGGUGGAGGAGGUGGAGCAGCUAGAUAUGGCACUUGCUCUUCAGGACCAGCGUACACUACUCGAGUCCCUAAAGGUGAUUGCCAUGGCACCUACUGCAGAUGGAGAGCCACUCGACACUGUCAGUAAAGACAACAGGGAGCCCGACUCUGCUCUGCUUACAUCUGCCACUGAGGCCUCCACCAUCAUUGAGUCACCUUCACAGUCGUCAUCCUCACAUCAGCCACAACCUCCCCCACGAGGCUCGGCAAAGGAGAGAAUUGUCAGUGGAAUUAAUGGCUUGAACGAGGAGCAUUUCAGUAAACUCUACGAGGCCACAGUGGAGACUGCGAGAAGCUUAGUCGCUGCUCUGGACUUUGUUAGCAGUGCAAACUCUCUUGGCAGCAGCAAAGAGUGUAUCGAGAGUAAAUCGAGCAACAUUGGAGACAUUGAAAAUGGACCCGACGACGAAACACCUGAGGCUGCUGAUGGUUCGAGUAAAAAAGAGAUGGAGGAGCAGAGUGUUUGUUCCAGCUGUUUGAGUGGAAAUGGGGCUGUGAAAGGAACCGAUCUAAACAUUUUAAAGACAACAAAUGGACCCCGGUCAGGAGGAAUGGAGGCCUGUCUGGAUACAGCCUGUCCUGUUGAGGUGAAAGAUGACAUGAAUGCUGCGGUUGCUCAGGAGCCUGUCACCCCCCCAAUGGCAUCUCCAGUGCAUGUGAGCCAGGGUGUUGCACAGAGGGCUGCUCAUGUGGUCCUAGAAGAUAGGGGGCUAGUUCUUUUAGAAAACCAUGGGCAUGAGCGAAAGUUCCACAACUACCAUUUUUUUAGGGGCCAGGGCCAAUGUUCACUACCUAAUGGACGGAUAGGUUUCAGCCAAGACAGGUCAUUGUAUAGAUUGCGACCCAAAAUGGAGGACAAGGCAGUAGAUACCUCAGAUCUGGAACAGGAUGAGGACCCCAUGGGUCUAGGAGAAAUUGACCUAAUCACAGCAGCCCUGCUCUUCUGUUUAGAGGAGUCCAGAGAGUGUAGAAGGAUCUCUGACAAGGUCUAUGUUGAUGGCUACCGUGUUGACUUUGGCACACAGACUUUCACUUUCCCUGCAGCAAUCCUGGUAACCAACACUAGAGUGGGUGACAUUGCCUCUGCAUCUGCCUGUGACCACGCUGCCCCUCAGCUCUCCUACCCGAGCCCUUUCCGCACCCUCCGCCUCGGACUUGUCCUGGAAGCUCUGGAGGUCGAGGCAGUCCCGCAUAACCGCUACCUCCCUCCUAACCCCCGCUACCAGCACAUGUUCCCUUUUGUCUGUGGUCAGUCGUUGCGUCGGGACCAGUUUUCUUCCCAUUUCAUAAAUGUCCAUGGUGACAUUCACGCUGGUCUAAAUGGUUGGAUGGAGCACCGCUGCCCCCUGGCGUAUUAUGGCUGCACAUUUUCUCAGCGGAGGUUUUACCCAUCCACCAAGGGGGCCAAAGUGGUUCAUGACAGGAACCUCAGGUCCUUCGGGGUUCAGCCUUGCCCAAGGGCAAAAUUUCCAAGUGACUUCCAGUCUGACCAAAUUAGUGGGCUUCCCAUUGAGAUAUUGUGGCACAUAGCUGGGUUCCUUGACAGUUUCAGCCUGUGCCAGCUGUCACUGGUGUCACGGACAAUGAGGGAGGUGUGUGCCAGUCUCCUCCAGACCAGGGGCAUAGUGGAGCUGCAGUGGGAGCGGAGACGGUGUCCUGGUGCCCCUGGCACAGUGUCAUGGCAGAUCAAAAACAGAGUGUGGAGAUUCAGCACGGCGUUCAGCCCAGUGUUGUCUUGGGGUUUCACUGAUCUGCCCAGCAUGUCGGACCAUCUUAAGAAGUGCCACUUCAACAAUGUGGAGCACAAGACCGAGCCAGUACCCCUUCCUGCCAUGUGUACUGCACGAGAUGGACACUCGCUGCGUCGCGUCCUGCGUCACGUUAACUCCUGAUCAAACAUGGCUGACCUCUCGUAGCUGCACAAUAGUCACUGUGGUAUUAUGUGGAUGUUGCAAUUGCAGAUUUCAUGUCUUGAAAACAUAUAACUCUUCCUGUUUUUCGCUACAUUAUGAAGAAGCCUUAAUUGAAUGGAUUUGUGCUGAAAUGUGUCCUUAUUCUGGAAAGAUUAAAUAUAUUUUCUUGAAGACAUAUGCAUAAUAGAUUUAUAUUAUUCUAUAUGAUAUACUGUAUAAAUGUUUUCACUAUCUUGCCUUUCACAGUAGCCAUGGGGGGAAAAGCAGAUUGAUGGUUAUAUUGCAUUAUUUCUGUGACAGAAGUUAUGCCAGCACUUUGCACAAGAUUUGCUUAACACUCCUAUGUUGAUAUGUGACCCUAAGUUAUCUAGUCUUUCUGAUUUCUAUAGCGGGUGUCGACCCAUUGCAAGUCUGUUGUCUGGGUUUGUAGGACGUCAGGCCAUGAGUCAAAAAAGAUGGAACUUAAUACGAGCAUAGCUUGAUAAUGCAUGUGAUUUGCUACCAUUUAAUAAAGUCUUUA